AUGGUUUCCGAAGAUGUAUAUUUGCUCCCUCUCAAGGACGAUGGGAGUCCAGAUGUCCCAGGUGGCUAUGUCUAUCUGACGCCCGAGAGUUCUGCGCCUCUCACCCUUCGCUUUGCAAUCGAAGGCACAUCCUCAAUCUGUAGACAUGGAAGUCUGUGGACCAACAUCCCAGAGGAAGGCGCCGAGUUUCAAAGAAACAAGUUCCGCGAAUUCAAGCUCGAGCCGGACUUCAAUCGGACCAUCGAGAUCUCCGUCUCAAUCCAAGGCGCGGGGUCUUUCGCCUUCUACACUACCUAUACCCCUCUCCCCGACCUCUCCGAAACCAUCCAGAAAGCCCUGGAGCCCGCAAAGACGGAUGUUUUCUAUAUCGAUGUUGCUCCAAGUCUCGCGUUGGAGGGCAGGCAGAUGCCACUGGCUGCCCUCUCGAUCUUCUCUCUGAUCUCGAAAUUCAUGGGGAAAUACCCGACAGACUGGGAGAAGCACAUUCGCGGAAUAAGCGAGAGGGGCUACAACAUGAUCCACUUCACGCCUUUGCAACAAAGAGGAUCGUCUAACUCGCCCUACAGCAUAUACGACCAGCUUUCCUGGGAUCCAGAAUGCUUUCCCAACGGAGAGGCGGAUAUCCAAAAAUUGGUUCGCAGCAUGGAGAAAGACCAUGGUUUGCUGGGGUUGACGGAUGUUGUCUGGAACCAUACUGCAAACAACAGCCAGUGGCUCCAGGAGCACCCCGAGGUUGGAUAUAAUGUCUCGACAGCACCAUGGCUACGUGCUGCGUUGGAGUUGGACACUAAACUGCUGGAGUUCAGUGAUACAUUGGCAUCAGAGGCUACUAAUCUGAAGACUGUAGACGAUUUGUUGAAAGUAAUGGAGGUCAUCAAGUCAGAAGUGAUUGCGAAGCUCCAACUCUGGCAGUACUAUGUCAUUGAUGUAGAACGAGACGCUGACGCUGCCGUUGAAUCUUGGGCAAAGGGAGAAAUCUCUUUCCCAGAAGGCGGGUUCGGGGGCAAUGAUUUUGGAGGAUUGGAGACGAUCAAGAACUCGACACCUGCGGAGAUGGCCCUUUUCUUGACUUCAAAGGCCUUGCUCAAUACCGACAGGCUUGGGGAGCGGUAUAGACGGGCUACAGACCCCAAAAUCGUCGCUGCAUUAAUAACCGCGAUUUACGGUCGCUUCCAUGGAGAUAAUUCGAAUUCGGCAGACCGAGCAGCUGUGAGAAGCAAACUGGUUCACAUUCUGGACGAGGUCAACUUGCCUCUCUACCAAGAAUAUGACAAGGAUGUUGCAGAAAUCUUGGAACAGUUGUUCAACAGAAUUAAAUACGUGAGAAUCGAUGAUCAUGGACCAAAAGCCGGUCCUAUCACCAAGAAGAAUCCGCUGAUUGAGCCAUACUUCACAAGAUUACCCCAGAACUCGGUCACAGCCAAGCAUAACCAAGAAGAUCUUGCUCUCGUGAACAACGGGUGGAUCUGGGCUUCCAACGCAUUGGUCGAUAACGCAGGUCCUAACUCGCGGUCCUACCUUCGACGUGAAGUCAUCGUUUGGGGCGAUUGCGUGAAGUUGCGGUACGGCAAGGGUCCAGAGGACAGCCCUUAUUUGUGGGAACAUAUGGCCAAAUACACUCGUCUGAUGGCCAAGUACUUUACCGGUAUCCGAAUCGAUAACUGCCAUUCUACUCCCAUCCACGUAGCUGAAUAUCUCCUUGACGAAGCCAGACGGGUUCGCCCUAAUCUGUUUGUAGUUGCUGAGCUUUUCACCGGCUCCGAGGAGAUGGAUUACGUGUUUGUCAAGCGACUCGGAAUCAGCUCGUUAAUCCGUGAGGCCAUGCAGGCUUGGGGAACUGGUGAGCUCAGCCGACUUGUUCAUCGCCACGGUGGUCGACCUAUCGGAAGUUUCGAGGUCGAUGAGAUCUCACAGGAGACGAAGAAUACACCAGCCGGGCAGACCAACGGCCAUGCUAAGCGCGAAGUCAUUCGACGGAUCAAGCAAACUCCAGUCCAUGCGCUGUUCAUGGACUGUACUCAUGAUAACGAGGUACCAGCUCAGAAGCGAGAUGCUCGCGAUACCUUGCCGAAUGCUGCAUUGGUGAACAUGUGCGCUAGUGCUACUGGUAGUGUGAUGGGAUACGACGAAGUAUACCCCAAGCUUAUUGAUCUCGUGUCCGAGACCAGGCUGUACACAUCUGAAUCUUCCGAGGAUAAACCGAUUGUGGUUGGCGGUGGCGAGGGUGGUAUCGGGGGAAUCAAGAAGCUUCUGAACCAAAUCCACACCCUCAUGGGCAAGGAUGGCUAUGAGGAGACUCACAUCCAUCACGAGGAUCAAUAUAUCACUGUUCAUCGUGUCCAACCCGAGUCAAGAAAAGGAUACUUCCUGAUUGCUCAUACCGCGUUCCCAGGCUAUGGGAAUGGAAACGGAAAUUUUAGCCCAGUUCAUCUCAGCGGUACCAAGGCUCGACACCUUGGAAGCUGGAUGCUCGAGGUCGAUACGAGUGAUGAAGCAAAGAAGGCAGUAGCGGAUGACAAGAAGUUCUUGAGAGGUCUCCCAAGCAAGGUCAUCGACGUGCCUGGUAUCCGGAUGGAGGUCAAACCCGAUGAGACUGUCAUUUCGGUCCGUGAUAAAUUUCCUCCUGGCAGCAUUGCACUCUUUGAGACUUGGAUUCCAGAAGCGGAGCAUUCUACUGGCCUUGAUUCCUACGUUACAUCUGGUGCCAAGGCUGCCUUCGCAGAUGCGGACCUAAUCGAUCUCAACUUUGUGCUAUACCGUUGCGAAGCAGAGGAGCUGGAUUCGAGUGAGGGUAAAGAUGGUGUGUAUGAGAUUCCUGGACACGGGAAGCUGGUGUAUGCUGGUCUUCAGGGGUUUUGGAGCGUCUUGAAGAAUAUCAUCCAGGAUAAUGAUCUUGCACAUCCGCUUUGUCAACAUCUACGCAACGGAAAGUGGCCACUUGACUACAUUUACGGACGUUUGGAGAGAAUAUCCAAGAAGUCUGGCUACGACCGCUUGUUAAAGCCUGCAGCAUGGAUUAAGGAGCGAUUCGACGCUAUUCGGAAGCUGCCCAGCUUCCUGCUUCCCAGGUACUUUGGUCUUGUCAUCCGCACUGCAUACACAGCAGCUUGGAAUCGUGGUCUGGAGCUCAUGAAUGACAACGUGAGAAAAGGACAAUGGUUCUUGCAAGAUCUUGCCAUGGUCAGCAUCCAGCAAACCGGAUACGUCAAGUCGGCAUCUCUCUACCCCAAGAAGGAAGUUCCGUCUCUCGCAGCUGGUCUUCCUCAUUUUGCAGUCUCCUGGGCACGCUGCUGGGGCCGUGACGUUUUCAUCUCAGCUCGUGGUCUCUUCCUCGGCACUGGUCGUUAUGCAGAUUGCAAGGAGCACAUCAUCGCCUUUGCCAGUGUGAUGAAGCAUGGUAUGGUUCCUAACCUUCUGUCGAGCGGUGCCAAUCCUCGAUACAAUGCGCGAGAUGCCAUUUGGUUCAUGUUGCAAACUAUCCAAGACUAUACGAAAAUCGUCCCGGGUGGUCUUGACAUUCUGAAGGAGAAGAUUCCUCGCCGCUUCCUCCCCUACGAUGAUACCUACUUCGAAGCUGACGACCCUCGCGCGUAUUCCAAAUCCUCGACGCUGGAAGACAUCAUCCAGGAGGCACUGCAAAGACACGCCACUGGUAUGUCAUUCAAAGAAGCUAAUGCUGGUCCCGGUCUCGAUAUGCAGAUGAGCUCUGCAGGGUUCCAGCAAGAUAUCAAAGUCGAUUGGGACAACGGUCUUAUCUUCGGCGGAAAUCAGCACAAUUGUGGAACCUGGAUGGAUAAGAUGGGCGAGUCCGAUCGAGCAAAUAGCAAAGGUGUUCCUGGCACCCCUCGCGACGGCUCUGCAAUCGAAAUCGCCGGUCUUCUCUACAGCACACUGGCCUGGGUCGCCAAGCUGCACGCAGAAGGAAAGUACAAAUACGCCGGCGUCAGUACCACUCUUCCCGGACUCAAAGUCAUCACUUUCAGCGACUGGGCCCGCCGCAUAAAGACGAACUUUGAGAAAUGCUAUUACGUCCCUCUCGACUCUGCGGACGACAAGAAGUAUGAUGUGAACGCUGGUGUUGUCAACCGGAGGGGGAUCUAUAAGGACUUGUAUAAGUCUGGCAAGGAGUACGAGGACUACCAGCUGAGAGCAAACUUCCCUAUCGCCAUGACCGUCGCCCCAGAUUUGUUUGACCCGACGCAUGCACUGCAUGCGUUGACGGUUGCCGACAAAGUCCUGCGUGGUCCGACCGGUAUGGCGACGCUCGACCCGGCGGAUCUUAACUACCGCCCUUACUACAACAACUCCGAAGACUCGACGGAUUUCGCGACUUCCAAGGGUAGAAAUUACCACCAAGGUCCGGAGUGGGUGUGGCCGACUGGUUUCUUCCUGAGGGCACUGCUGAAGUUCGACCUCAUGAGGAAGACUAGUAGCCAGGAGCGCACGGAGAGUUUCCAGCAGAUUACCCGACGGCUGGAGGGGUGCAAAGCGGCGAUCAGAGCUAGUCCAUGGGCGGGCCUGACGGAGUUGACGCAAAAGGGGGGAGAGUUCUGCGGGGAUUCGUCUCCGACACAAGCUUGGAGUGCGGGGUGCUUGAUCGACUUAUACCAUGAUGCGGCGCAGUACGACGUCUCGCAGCUCUCGAGGAAGUAA